CAACAGGAGGUGGGGGUUGCCAACAGGUCGUGCAGCCAACAGGAGGUGGGGGGUGCCAACAGGUCGUGCAGCCAACAGGAGGUGGGGGGUGCCAACAGGUCGUGCAGCCUCUACACGAGAGAAGGAGUUCGUCUUGGCUUGAUUUGUGACCAGCAGUCGUGGGUUUGGGGCUGUGAAGCUCAUCCCGACUCCAGUUAUGUGGCAGUGGGAUGCCAAGACGGGACUAUCGCGUAUUUGCAGCUCGUGUUCGCCACUGUGCACGGUCUGUACAAGGAGCGAUACGCGUACCGGGAGAACAUGACGGACGGCAUCAUCCAGCAUCUCAUUACGGAACAGAAAGUGCGCAUCAAGUGCCGGGACUUGACAUAAAAAGUGGCCAUUUACAAGCACAGACUUGCAGUUAAACUCCCGGAGCGCGUGAUCGUAUACGAGCUCUACUCCCAGGAAGCUGCCCACAUGCACUACAGAGUUCGAGACCAGAUCAAUCAGAAGCUGGAGUGCAACUUGCUGGUCGUAUGCACAAACCACAUCGUCCUGUGCCAGGGGAAGCGGCUGCAGUGUCUGAACUUCACGGGGCUACGGAAGCGAGAGUGGCAACUCGACUCUAUGAUCCCCUACAUAAAAGUGGUUGGGGCCGCCAACAGGGAGGGGCUACUGAUGGGGCUCAAAAAUGGACAGGUGCUGAAAAUAUUCCUGGACAACGCGUUUCCCGUUCACCUGCUGACGGUGAGCUCGGCCAUCCGCUGCCUCGACCUGAACAGGUCAAGACACCGCCUCGCUGUGGUGGACGAUAACAGCGAUCUACUCGUCUACACUCUACCUGAUGAACUGCUCUGCAGCGGUUUCGUCGUGGGAUUUAGCGGCAGUAAAAUCUUUUGUUUGCACGUGAUCAGCUUGUCGACGGUGGAGGUGCCACAGAGCGACCCCAUGUACCAGUACCUCGAUAAAAACAUGUGCAAGGAAGCGUGCAGCAUCGCAUGUCUGGGUGUGACGGAUGGCGACUGGCGGGCGCUGGGUCGCGCUGCGCUCCACGACCACAACUACGACGUCGCCAAGAAGUGCUUCACCAGGACCAAGGACAUGAGGAGUCUUCAGCUCCUGCAGAUUAUUGAGGUACGCGGUCAGCAAGGCAGUGGGGAUCCGACUUUGGCUGAAGCCGAUAUUUUGGCGCACGAGGGAAGGUUCUCGGAAGCCGCCAAACUUUACCGCAAAGCCGGCCAGGACAGCGCAGCCAUGAACAUGUACUCUGACCUCAGGAUGUUCGACUUGGCGCAGGAAUACCUGGGCGCCGACGGCACGAUGGACAAGCAACAGCUCAUCAAGAAGAAGGCGGACUGGGCGCGCAACAUCAAGGAGCCGCGCACAGCCGUCGAGAUGUACCUGUCCGCUGGCGAGACCGCCAAAGCCGCCGAGAUCAUGGCAGAGAACGGCUGGGUCGAGAUGUGAGCAGGAGACAAUUUUUAUGGAAGAAGGGCGAGUUGCAGUGUGUGGUCGAGCUCUUCGUAGAGGAUGAAGAUUGGGAAGAGGCGUUCGGGUGGGCUGAGAAGCACCCGCAGUUCAUGGAGUUGGUCUACGUGCCUUAUGCCACCAGCUUGGCCGAGAAAGACGAGUUUCUCCUCGCGCAGAAACCCAAACAAAAUUCAGAUGCGGGUCCGACUCUGAAAUAGCAUUCCAUAAAGCCGGAAACCCUGGCGAGGCAUUCCGUGUUCUGGAGCAGCUCACGCACAACGCGGUGACGGAGAACAGGUUCAGUGACGCUGGCUACUACUUCUGGAUGCUCUCUGCAGUGCCUCGAACACCUGCGUCACGACCACACAAAAGGUUCGGGGCCCCGGUCUGCACGGCCGCGGAGGCGCAGGAUUUCGCGCGCGUCCGGGACCGCUGCCCCGAGACCGGCGUCCUGCUCGGGGACCUGCCGACCCCGCGCACGACUCGUCGACCUUCUUCAGCAAGAGUCCCCCCAAGUCCUUCCAGCGUCCCCAUGCGACUGCUGCUGCCGGCGGCGAUCACCUGAUGCUGAGUCG